AUGGUAUCGUUCAGACGACCUCAACUCGUUGCUGCGGGGGCGGAAGAGAUCAAGGGAAAAGAAAUCUGGCUCGACAACGAUGACCUUCGGCCGCUGAAACUCAGGGAUCGCACAUGGAAUAGAACCACGUACUUUGUCUUUUGGUUCAGUGCCACAGCUACAGUUAGCAAUUGGUAUGGAGCUUCAGCGGCUCAAGCCUUGGGCCUUUCGUUGUGGGAAUCAUUGGCCUGCACAUUGGGGGGGAAUUGCUUGAUUGCGAUAAUCAUCACCCUCAAUGGUAGAGCCGGUGCGGUAUACCACGUCGGUUUCCCUAUCCUCAACAGGUCAGCUUUCGGCGUUUAUGGAGCGUGGUGGCCGACUUUCAACCGCGCGGUGAUGGCGAUUGUGUGGAACGGGGUCAACGCUGUUCAGGGUGGGCAAUGCGUCUAUGUCAUGUUGCACGCCAUCUUUCCCAGCAUUGCCCAUGUCAAAAACACCAUGGGCACGGGCAGUGCUUUGACUUCGGCGGGAAUGAUUGGGUUCGCUGUCUUCUGGCUUGUGACAUGCUGCUUUCUCGUCAUACCAGUCCCGAAGAUGAGGUCGCUUGUGUAUGUGAAGUUGGUGGUCUUCAUCAUAUCGGCCGUGGCAAUGCUGGGUUGGACAGUCGGCAAGGCUGGAGGUCUAGGCCCUGUCGCGAGCAAGGGUUCAACUGUGCAUGGCAGUGAGAAGAGCUGGCUGAUUGUUCGCUUCCUGAUGCUGGGAGCUGCUAACUGCGCAACUUUUGCAAGCAAUGCCAGCGACUUCCAACGGUACGCGCCUCGUCCCAACGACCCGAUUCUCGGUAACCUGGUCGGAUUCCCCCUUGCCAAUUUCCUGGUCGGAGUUGUCGGCAAUCUUGUCGGCGCUUCGUCGCAAGUCAUCUUCGGCGAGCUCAUUUGGAAUCCGAUUGAUUUCCUCGACAAGCUCCAAACGGCUGACUACACACCGGCUAACCGAGCCGGGUGCUUCUUCAUCGCACUCAUGUUCGUGUACUGUGCCAUCUUCUCAUCCAUCUUCGAGAACUCUCUGCCUGCUGGAAACGACCUGGCAGCACUCUUCCCCAAGUACAUCACGAUCCGUAAGGGCUUCUUCAUUUGUGCAGUCGUCUCAUUCGCCAUCAAUCCAUGGUACCUGCUGGGUAGUGCGUCAAUUUUUGUGUCUUUCUUGGGCUCAUAUCAGAUCUUCUUGUCCAGCAUUACUGGUGUCUUGUUGUGCAACUAUUAUAUCAUCACUCGAGGGUAUAUGCACAUACCGGAUCUGUUCACUGCGGACAAGAACGGAGCCUACCACUAUACCAAGGGCUGGAACAUUCGAGCGUACAUUGCAUACGUGCUCGGCGUGAUACCAAACUUUUAUGGCUUCUUGAACAAUAUGGGGGUCGAUGCGCCAAUGGGUGUCACCAAGUUUUAUUACUUUGCAUAUUGGGUAGGGCUGGCCGUGUCUGGAGGAACCUAUUGGGCGUUGUGUAAGCUGUAUCCUCCGGCUAUCAUGUACGAUAAAGGCUGGAUGGAGGUGGAGAAUUAUGUUCGACCGGAAGAGGAGGAUCAGGUAUUGGAAGGUCAGAGUUUUGACGUCGAGGCUCCUGGUCUGGGAGCACAAGAGAAGGAGGUUACCCACGAGACUGUCACUGGUCUCAAAGCCUAG